AUGAGCAGCACUGUUGCUCCCGACGGGUUUGAGCUGGAUGACGUUCAGGUGGAGGCGCUAAAGGAGCAUGGAGUCAUCGGGGCUGACAACCGCUGCCUCUGCUGCGGGAAGAGGAAGGAGGAGAUGAAGACGUGUGCUACCUGCCGGCGAGUGCAAUAUUGCUCCACGAGAUGUCGGGGAAGGGACCAGGAGCGACAUGACAAGGUCUGCCCGUGGCUCCAGAAGUGCAAGGUCGAAGACGAGAUGGCGGAGAGAGGAUGGGGACUUCUGCAUGACGCCGACAAGCUCUCGAAGCUGCGAUCGCUCCUCGAGAAGUCCCCGGCGCUGCUGGACUCUGACCAGCUCCCGUCGUCGCUCACCUGGAGGAGGUGGAAGGAGUUGAAGAGUAUCAGCAGCAAGCUGCUGGACGACGAAGGCUGCACGCUCCUCAGCGCUCCUCUCACCCUCCUCCUUGUCCUCUCCCAGCACGAGGCCCUGCAAGAGCGGCUGGUCCGGACGAGGAAACAGAAGUUGGUCGUCCACAUACCGGGCGCGAGCUCCAUCGAGAGCUCCGUCCCUUCCUUCGUCUGGAGGGACGUCGCCCGCCCCUACCAGCUGGAGGUCCACCUGGUCGGGCCCCAGCUGUCAAAGUCUGCGGUUGACACGGAGGUUGUCAAGCAUCACGCGUGCUCCUACGAGACCUUCUGCCAGCAGAACCCCAAGAGCCAGCCCGACCUUCUGCUGGGCUUCAACAUGGGACUCUCCUGCCCCGACUACAGCUGGGGGGAAGCGAUGGAAGCUAUGUGGAGACACGCGUCGCCGAGAGCAGGAGCAGGAGCAGGAGCAGGAGCAGGAGCAGGAGCAGGAGCAGGAGCAGGAGCAGGAGUUCCGAUGGCGUUGACUACCGCUUCCUACAUGGAGCUGCUGGAGGAGAUCGCGAUCCUGGAGGAGGAGGGUCACUUCCGCCUGCUGUCUGCUACCGAGAACCCGAUGUGCUGGCCCGUGUGCCUUCAGAGCGGGACGGUUGCGUCUGACGUCUACCACAAGAGCCGGUGGAUAGCCCUCGGUGUGGUGGAGGGGAGGGGAAAGAGGAAGCGACAGGACGAGGACGAGGACGAGGACGAGGACGAGGACGAAGGAAAAGUGAAGAAGGUGGCAAGAGGGUCGGGGAAGGGCAAGAAGCAGGAGGAAGGGAGGAAAGGGAACAAGGGGAAGAGGGUCAGGUCACGACCUCCCCGCUCAGAGAAGAAGAAAACAAAGAAAUUUCGUUAG